GAGAAGCGUUGAGCCGCAGCGUGCUGAGUGUCGACGGCCCUGUUGCUUCAUCGCCUGCCUCGUUCUCAGGCGUGAGCUUGGACGCUCGGCCUGCUGGGAUCAGAUGAACCAAGAGGGGAGGCAGAUAGAUAGCACAGGGUUAAGGUCACACUGGAGAGUGUGUUUGCGUCUGCACAUGUGUGAACAUGAGAUGGUCAAUUGUGACUAAGCUUCUCAUCCUUGUGAUUUUCAUCGUCAUCAUCAUCUGCCUCCCGGAUUUUUUCACUUCAUACACAGUAUCAAAAGUCAACCUGGUCUGUUUGCCGUGUGAACGGGACAAGCGAGCCAAGAAAAGGGAAAACUGGCAGAGUGUGGAGGCUGAGGUGAAAAGAAAGAUGUCAUGUGACCCGCCUCCCAUCCCAGGAGAUGAGGAAUGGCGUGAGAGGUGUGACGAGAGAGAAGCUGACAGCGGCCCCACGUCAGACGAUGCAAGCGGCGAAGAGCCUCACACGAGUUGGUAUAUGUGUGAAUCACAAGGCAGUGUGGCGGAAUUAUAUCAUAACAACUCAUUUUCAGCUGCAAAUGUCCACAUUGAAGUGUCAGUGAAGCUUCAACUAGGAAAUAGUACCUUUUUGAAGCUCACCUUAAGAGGCCACAGAAAUUCCAGCUCACUGCGGCUUCAUCCACCUGAGGAGACGGACGACGGAGGUUGCAGCGUGGCAUCUUAUUGCUGUGCGCUAGUCCCCCCCACCUCUGAGACAUCCAAUCACACCGUUUGUCUGCUAAGACUGUCAAAUUACACAGUUUCUCCUGUCGCAGAAAACAAAGAGUUAGUCAAGACACAAGGUCCAGAUGAGUGGAGUGCUGCGUUGAGGAUUCUCUGGCUGGUUCUCUUGUGUUUGGUAUUGCUGACCUUGAGCUCAGCUUUCCUCAGAAAAUUGAAACGGAGUGGACACUGCUGCAAGAAAGUACACCCGCGUUGUUAUAGCUUCACUGGGCAGCAACUGAAAGAUGGAAGCAAUGACAAGAUCAAGAUUUUAGAAGAGAGAAACCUUCAUAUGUGCGAGCUUCGCUCCACAUGGUCAGGAUUAUCUACUAUUCAAGAAGUCCAAGUAGCCGAUGAUGCAGAAACUGUACUGGAUGGACCUGUGGAACACUCUUAUGUGACUGGUAAACCAACACAUUGGUAUGACGAUUGGAAGAAAAAUGUUCCACUUUGCUCAAAACAUUUUGCCAUCGCUCUUUGCCACCUAAGUCGUCAUUUCAAGACAACAGGGCACGAGUCAAUCUAUAGCAGUGUUUCCCAAACUUAAUUAAGCCAAGGCACCCAUUUUACAAUCUCAUGGCAAACCACAAACCAAUAAUCUUGUUGAAAGUAUCGAUCUUGAAAUAAUGGUGACAUUUUUCAUGGAUGUGUCACUGUAACGUUAUUUCUCUUGCAGCUAAUCUUCAUCACCGCCCAACAGUGACUUUUUCCCUCACAGAGGAGCUGAGCUGCUGAACACAGCUCGAGUCUCACAAAGAAAAAGAAACACAACAAUAUCAUCAUCCAUCCAUGACUAGGGUGUAAAGUGACUUCAUUUUCAAAUGCUCAUUAACAUUACAACGCAACGUUUCCACACAAAACAAAAACCCUCAUCUUUCCCAUAUUAUGCAGCUAAAAGGCAGGACACUAAAAUAGAUGCAAAAAUACCAACAACGAGAACAUUGCGAAAGCUCAGAGCAUUUAUUUCAUAGCUAUACAUGUUAUUUGGAUCCUAGUAGGGUGAACAUUGGGGAAACACAUUUCCUUCAAGGCCAUAUAAUUUGGAGGUGUUAGAUGUCAUCUAAUAUCGCACGCAAAAAUACAGUAAUCAUGAAUACUGGCAUUUUAAAAGGAAAACAUUCCUCUUGUGUCAGUCAAGGCAAAUGGAGUGCAAGUAUUAUAAUAUAUAUAUAUAUAUAUAUAUAUAUAUAAUAUUGUAAGCACCAACCCAUAUUUGCAUUUUUGGAGAUUAUCUUUGUGUGAAGCACUUGCGAAAACAAACAUCAACAGGGUCAGCCACACACGAAAGCCCCCUUAUGUUAAAUUUGUAUUAUACACAUAAAUAAACAGCUUCCGACAACAUUGACAGAAGCACUUAGUGUGGAAUUACUUUACACUUUCUGUACAACGUGUGCGCUAAUGUGCAUGUGCAUGUGCAUCUGAACCUGUGCAGGUUUUGCAAGGUUGGCCCUCGAUGUGGGCGAUCUGCAGGACGGGCAGCAGAAGCUGAAAGGCAUUUUGGAUGUAGGUGGUACUGUUGGACCCCUGCAGACAGAGACACAAUUUCAAAGUUCAAAAAGUUCAAAAGUUCAAAUUUGCGUCACAAUGUUAGGUGCAUUCAUUAACUGUGUGUGGAGUUCAAAAGUUGCAGUUCUCACCUCCAGCAGCACACUGUCAAUAAGCGGAGUGAGCUCCUCAGCUUUCCUCUGACACUGAGAAAGAACAGUUUGUAUGAAUUCCAACACAAUUUGUGAUCUCCUUUGAGCACAUUUGCGUCAAAUCUUGCACGCUUACCCCAACAAGGAGCAGCGUGUCAGAGAACUUUCUGGCCAAACAUUCCACUUCCUUACACAUGGCGCAUGUCAACCUGGUGAGGACAUGUGCCUGAUCCCUUGCUGGUUUUUCCUGCUCUUGCUCUUGGCCAUGUAGGAUGAGUUCUGCCACCUUGUGGAGCUGCUCAAUACUUCGGGCUGUCACUUCUGCCAGACUGCCCACUGACGACAUGUAGAUGGCCUGCGGAUCAAACGCGAACUAAAAUGAGAUCACAAGUAUUGAGUGUUCGAAUAAUGGCCCACCACAGUGAUGACAACGCACCUCCACAGAUUGGCGCCCGUCCUCCUGCUUUAUCUCUCCCUCCUCAUCUUCCCUCUUCUCCUCAUGAGCCGCUCCAUCUCCCUCCUCUUUCUCUCCUCCAGGCUGCUCCUGCGUCUCCUUGCCAACUGUUUCUGUAGUGACAGGCCGCUCCACCUUGCUCACCCACUCGUGUGCGCUCAUCCGAGCCUGGAGAUGCACAAUUAAUGAGCUGUCAGCGCUGCAUUUGGAUGUACCCUCAUCAUCAUGUUCAUCUGCACGAUUAAAUGCUAAGAUGCGGAUUCAUUAUAUUGACACUGACACAUUGCAACUACGGAUUAAAAUGGAUUUCCUACCAAGGUGACAAAGCAAUACUUAUUGAAUAAUUCAAACGGUAUGAUAAAAAAAGUGAUUACUGUUAUUUGAUUAUCAAAAUAAACAAUUUAUAUCUUUUCGAUAGA